GGCGCCACAGCCUCUGAAGCCCGUUCUUUCGGCUGUCGAUUUGACGUCAUGUCAUUCUCAUGGUUGCCACCGGCAUGCUAUGACGACUUACUAGUUAACGACUUCCUUGCCUCGGAACCUUGGGAGUGGUUCCUAGAUCCACUUGGCACUCAGCCAGUUCCACUAGAAACGGUCCAGAAAGGGGACGUGGCGCAGAUGUAUGUAUCCUGGAGAUACCACAAGGUUCACUGUGUCUUUAUGUGGAAGAAAAUGCAUAGAGCCUUGGAGAACGGCCAUAUCAUAGACGCCUAUAUCAUCAACUACAACCACACAAACCAUUGUAGUAAUAUGUUAAUAAUGACGGAGCCUGCUAGAAGUAGUAGCAUACAGACUAUUAUUAGGAGGAAGUUUGUUGGCUGCGGAGUA